GGCCCUUUAUAUGCUUUUUAGCUCUUCUGCACACAACUGAGGAAGAAGUUUAUUAUUUAGAAAGGAACAGAGUUAGAAAAAAAGAAAGACAGAAGAAAGAGGAAGGGAGAGGAAAAGAAAAAAAACACACUUCUAUACCGCCAGAAGAACUGUGGAGCAUCGUUCUUGGGGAGCUUCCCUGACCUAUUGAUUGGCUUCUACUUUACAGCAUGAAACAACAGAAACUGGUUAUUUGGUAAAAGAGGGGGGAAGCAAAUAAAGGAUGAUCUCUAAUUCUCUAGGCAUGUCGAGGAGCUUUUCAAGUUUCACAACCCUGUUUCUACUCGUCUUAAUUCUUGUGACAUGCAAAGCCAAAAUAAAUCAUCAUCAUUGCCAUUCUUCUUGUGGGGAUGAACUUAACAUAAGCUAUCCUUUUCGACUGAAAAGUGAUCCAAAGAGCUGUGGGUUCCUCAAGUUUGAGCUGGCUUGUAAGAAUAAUCGCACAAUCUUACAAUUACAUUCUGCGAUAUAUUAUGUAGAAGAAAUCAAUUAUAAUCUCUCCUUGAUAAGGGUUGUUGAUGCUAGCCUACAGAAAGAUGACUGCUCUUUUUUGCCUCUUCAUUCUUUGACGCAUCGAAACUUCAGCAGUAGAGAUAUGUAUUAUUGGCUUUCUCAUAGGAACAGACCAAUAAGUUUUAUCUACUGUGCAGCUCGACAAAAUUUUACUCCCUAUGCGGAUACAGAAUUUUGCAGUGAAAACCAUUCUUCGAAUCUUCUUUUAACUUCAUCGCAACAACGAAAAUUUGUAGUAAACAACCCCAUUAGGGUGUCAGAUAUGGAGGACUCUUGCAGCAUAAGCAUGGUUGUUUGGGUUUCAUCUCAUGGACUGAAGACCAGGAAUACUUCUUUUUCAGUACAUGAGUGGCUGCUUCAUGGUACUGAGCUUUCAUGGUCUCACAAUUGCUACCUUGAGCUCCUGCGUUCUCUGAUACCAUGUGAUUUUCUGUGUUUAUUUUAUUCCACUACAAUAGGAAUUUUAACAGCAAUUUUGUAUCGUGGAAGCUUUCUUAUCGGAUGGAUCGUUGCAACCAGAAACCUCCUUGCAAUUCCAUUUGUGUUGAUAUUCUUGAUCUACAAAUGGAGAAGAAGGAACCUAUCCAUGUAUGCUGCCAUUGAGGAGUUCAUUCAAACUCACAAUAAUCUAAUGCCAAUCAGGUACUCUUACUCAAACAUUAAGAAGAUGACAAAAGGUUUCAGUGAAAAAUUGGGUGAAGGAGGCUAUGGUUCAGUAUACAAAGGAAAGCUUCGAAGCGGCCAUCUUGUGGCAGUAAAGGUGAUGAAUAUCUCUAAAGCUAAUGGGCAAGAUUUUAUCAAUGAAGUUGCUACAAUCGGAAGGAUUCAUCAUGUCAAUGUGGUGCAACUGAUUGGAUUUUGUGCUGAGGAAUCAAAGCGUGCUCUUGUGUAUGACUUCAUGCCUAAUGGGUCACUGGACAAGUACAUAUUUCCUCAGCAAGAAGAUAGAAUCUCCUUAAGCUAUAGGAAGAUGUAUGAGAUUUCUCUAGGAGUGGCUCAUGGGAUUGAAUACUUACAUCGGGGUUGUGAUAUACAAAUCCUACAUUUUGAUAUCAAGCCUCACAACAUUCUGCUUGACCAGAAUUUCACUCCAAAGAUUUCAGACUUCGGCCUUGCAAAGUCAUAUCCAACAGAUCAUAACACUGUGUCCUUAACUGCAGCAAGAGGGACAAUGGGAUAUAUGGCCCCAGAGUUGUUCUACAAAAACAUUGGGGGUGUCUCAUACAAAGCUGAUGUUUAUAGUUAUGGGAUGUUAUUGAUGGAAAUGGCAAGCAGGAGGAAGAAUUUGAAUGUGUUUGCAGAGAGUUUAAGCCAAAUUUACUUUCCUACCUGGGUGUACGAUCAACUCACUGAAGGGAAGGACAUAGAAAUGGAAGAUACCUCAGAGGAAGAGCAGAAACUCGCAAAGAAGAUGAUCACGGUAGCCUUAUGGUGCAUACAGUUGAAGCCUAGUGACCGUCCUUCGAUGAACAAAGUUGUGGAGAUGCUGGAGGAAAAUGUAGAACUCCUGCAAAUGCCUCCAAAGCCCUUCUUAACUCCACGGGAGGUGCUAGCUGAGGAUGAUGGCAACACCACAAACCCAACAGAAAUAUCAAUCAAUAUCAGAUGAAGGUUGGGGAAAACUAGCAUUUGUACUCGAAACAAGUCUGCUAGUCCUCUCAAUCCCCCCAACCCACAUAUGGUUUUUUUUUUUUUUUUAAAUGUAAUGAUCCAGAAACCUUUGAGUUGUGUUGUUAUGGUCGUCUUUUCUCUGCUUGAUGCUCUGCUACUGAUUCAAGUUGGCAUAAUUAACAAUAUUUAUCAGCUUGUAAGGUAGAUAGAGUUAUAGCAAUGAAGUAGUAAAGUUACUUUUGUUGUUACAGGCAUUCCUAGAGGAAUUAAAAAUAUCAUCUUAUU